AUGACGAGUUCGGAAGCCAAACGACAUUCGGACCGCAUUGCAGCACAGAAAGAGAAGGAAAACUUGCAGAAGAAAGCCAAGGAGGAAUUAGACAAACAAGAGAAGGCAAGACUUGAAUUAGAGGAAAAGGAAAAGGCAUCUCGGAUUGCGAAAGGUCUGCCGGAGGAUGGCUCCCUCAUUUUCAAAAUGUUCGGAUACAAGGACAGGUCUUUCGCUUAUGAUCGUCAAGAGGUGUGGCGAACAGAAGACGAUGUCAAGAUUGGUACCUGGGCAACCAGAGCAUACUGGCAACCUUCGAACUUUUAUCCUGGCCAGAUCUUGAGGAUUUUACACAGUCAUCCGCACACCAAUCUUGAUGCGAAGUACAACCCUAAUAUCGGGGAGAUUGCUAUGACGGAUGUUGAACCUGUGGUUAUCAAGAUGCGCUGGGCCGUCGUGUUGUGGACUACUGAUUUCGGAAUAUUCACUUUACCUAUGUUCACCCUGAAGGGAAAGACAGGCCUUAAAGAAUUGACUGAUGAACGCCGUCGAGAGUAUGUUGCUAUGGUCACUGAAGGCACAACUCCCGAAUCUGGUAAGCUGACACCAUGGCAUGGUCAUCCCAUCAUCAUGAAUGUCAACCCAGAACUCAAAACCCAGUACUCAAAUCUCUGCUACGUCGACUUGAGCCGCCCCAUGACCAUCAACUCCUUCGAAUACCUUGAAGAAAACGCGGGCUCAAUCGACGGAGACGAAUAUGUUCGACUAAUCAGUCUCUUCAAGAUCCAAAUUGAUAGAUGGCUCAACAAGUCUUUCAAGAUGUUUGAGGGUAGUCCUGAGUACGAUGAGGGCAUGCUUGUGAUCCCCAACGCCAUGCCGACGGCUUCAAGGCAAUCCUAUGAGGCUUUUGAGGAUUGGAAAAAGAAAAUGGCGGAUACAGAGUUUCCCGGACAGUUCAAGUCGAAGCAAGCAAAGAGCAGAAAGUUUGAAGAAUCCAAACCCAAGUCUAAGAGCGGAUCUGGAAGUACAAGCUCUGGAGUCAAAAAGUCUCCUGGUAGUGGUCAUGGUCGGGGUGGUGGUCGGGGCGGAAAAUAUAGCAGAGGUGGAGGCAGAGGAGGAAGCAAAGUAAUCAAGUCCGAGAUCAACUCAAGGAACACCGCGAACGCUCGACAGCGCCAGAGGCAAGCAACAUCCAUGGAACCAUCAAUGCGUCUAUCGUCACCAAAGCGACUUGCAACGGAGAGUGCAAAAAGUGCAAAAAGAUUUGGCCGAAGCCCCAGGGAUCGGCCUGGGGGUCGACCUGGAGUACUUACUCCCGUUGCACUCGUGUUUCGGGUUUUAAACUUGGCAUAUGUUGCAAGACCCCUACACCACUGA